AUUUGGAAGUCUCCGGAUUUGUUUAUAUAUGCUUUCACGUGAUAUAACAAUUAUCCAAGUUGUAGAGUCGCGAGAUGUGAAGCAAUCGUAUAACUAGAACUGGCUGGUUGAAACCAGUUACGAUAUUUCUCUAGAUCCUUUCAAUGUAUCUACUAGCCAACAUCGAAAGUAUCUUCUGCGAUUUUAAUAUCGAUACAUUUCUACUCUAAAUUAAUAUGAAAUUACGCGCGGGGAUUGCAUGUGAGAAAUAUUAUAGAAUGCGAUGUGUCAAAGCUUCUAUCUAAAUGUACUGCAAUACGAAUUAUCGAACGUAAAAAGUAUUUCAUAUUUUAUAGGAACAGAUGUUAAAUUGCUGCCAUUGUCGAGUAACAAGAGCGUCGAUUAAGCUUGCGAUAAAAUCGCGCUCGUAAUAAGUCAUUCUCUCAGCAUUUAUGAAAUGUACAUUGGUAAUGCAUCGUAAUUUACAUUGCACGGAUUAUACUCCAGGCAAAAAAAACUUAUCAGAAAGUGGCUUUUAAUACCCUGCGUAUUCACGAGUAAUCGAAUACUCAUCCGUUCUCAACUUAAAGAUUUUAAUUAAAAUUGUUUUGCAAAACGUGCAAAACGUGUAUAAAAUUUUAUUACAGAACGCUUCCAACGCUUAUUCAGGCGAUAUCUUCGUACAAUAUUUACGAUAUUAAUAAACAUGUUUGUGAUUAUCGGAUCGGUCUAAUCGCGCAUUUCAAGGAUAUUUUUCUAAGUUUUCAUCCGAAUACACGAAACGUUUUUUCAAUGGAGCAUACAUUUGUCCAAUGGUUUUCUGUGUUCAUUUCUUCAGAAGAUAUUGUAUUUUAAGAUAUUGUCUUUCCCCCUCUUAUUGUUUUACCUUCUCCCACUUGUCUAAAUAUUGCGGUCAGCACUGAGGAAUGUGAUUACCUCCAAAGACAAUUUCUGCGCUGUCUUUGUCAGACGGGACAAGCAGGUACGCGCAUGUAUGUAGCGAUUGUCCGGCGAUCCAUUAAUUCGCGUAUCGGUGAUCGUGAUUCUGAACUUGCAAAAAGUAUGUGACGUAUCUCGCGCGAGUGGAGACGAGUUUCCAGAACGCGAAAGGCCGGACGCCGUGCUUGUGAUAGAACGUCGGAUAUGUGCGCUCCGUUUUAAGCUUACGAGAUAUAAAAGACGACGAGAUGAUGCCGUGCUGCUCGAAAAAGAGCGAGACUGACCCGCUGCAGUUAGAACAAAGAAAUGUUCUAUCAAUAGAAAAUAUAGAAAAAUUUGGGCUUUAUCAAACCAUUAUGUUCACAUUUAUUACUCUGCCAUUAAUGUUAUCGGCAGGCUACACGCUUUCUUACGUAUUUACUGCAGGUGAACUUAAAUACAGAUGUUUAGUGCCGGAAUGCGAAUAUCUGGGAAAUACGACAUUCCAUCCAUUAUGGAUCAAUGAUUCUGCUCCGAAAAUCAAUGGUGAUAUUUCGCAUUGCACGCGGUUCCGUACGCGGGAAAACCCGCGGAAUUAUUCGAAUAUGUGUACAGAAAUGUCAUUCACUGAUGAACUUCGUAAUUGCGAUUCUUGGGUUUACGAUCCGAAUGAGCGUACGAUUCUUAGCGAGUGGGACAUCACUUGCGAUGCUAAUCGAUGGAAGCUCACGUUAGUGGGUACAAUGCAAAAUACCGGUCAGUUCGUCGGCUUGAUGUUUGCCGGAUAUAUAUCUGACAGGUACGGGAGACGAACCAUUUUGACGCUGGCAACAUCUCUGGCGGGAGUCAGUGGCUUGAUACAUUCUUUCUCCGUGAAUUAUUGGAUGUUUCUCACAUUCGAGUUCCUCGACGCUCUCUUCGCGGCAGGAAUUUACAGCGCGGGAUUUAUUUUAGCCAUGGAGAUGACGGGGGUGAAAAACAGAGUUUUGGGAAGUACUAUCGUUUGCUGCAUAUUCGCUAUGGGUGAGAUCGUGUUGGGAUUGUUAGCAAGUUGGUUGAGAUCUUGGCGAACGCUUCUUCAAGUGGUGUACGCUCCGGGAAUGUUAACAAUUUUUCUGCCUUUGCUAAUUCCGGAAUCAGUCAGGUGGUUACUGUCCAAGGGUAAAAAUGAGGAAGUGGAGAAGAUGUACCGCAAAAUGGCACGAAUGAAUAAUUUGCCAGUAACGCGGGAGGCCAUCAGUUUGUUUGAGAAAUUGAACGUUGCUCAGGUCGAAACGAAAAGUGAGUUAGUGGAAUCAGAUAACAGGAAGCCGAUCGUUCAAGUUCUGCACAGUUCAGUUAUACUCAUUCGGCUGCUAGUCUGUUCGUUCUGCUGGCUCACGAACACGUUCGUUUAUUACGGAUUGUCGUUGAAUUCUGUGGCAUUCGCCGGAGAUAAGUACAUCAAUUUCGUGCUCGUCGCCGUGGUCGAGAUACCGGCGUACUGCCUCACCUGGCUGCUGACCGAUUACAUUGGUCGCAAACCAACGCUCUCCGCCUCGUUCCUGCUGAGUGGAGCGUUCUGCCUCGCGAUCCAAUUCGUACCGACAGGUACCGAGAGUUACUGGCCUUUACUUUUAUACCUGGCCGGGAAAUUGUUCAUCACCAUGGCGUUUGGUACCGUGUACAUCUACACGGCGGAGCUGUUCCCGACGACGCUCAGGCAUUCCCUACUCGGAAUUUGCAGCAUGACUGGUCGCAUCGGGUCAAUCUUAUCGCCGCAAACGCCUCUUCUGGCACAAAUAAUGCCGUCCCUGCCGCUCAUCCUGUUCGGAUCCAUCGGCAUAAUCGCGGGUCUCCUGUCGCUGAUUUUCCCGGAAACUGUGGGGACGAAACUUCCGGACACCGUGUGGGAGGCAGAAAACAUCGGUAAAGUGCAAGUCAAACGGGAACCGUAAAAUUCUGCGUCUUAAGGCGUCACCAGUGCAACGCGAGGCGCUAAGACGCGUUAAGUCUACUGGGCGAGAGAAGAGGAGACGGGAGGAACGGCAGUGGCUUUUAAAAGUUUACUGACAACGCGGUUCCGAGAUGCGCCGAGCGCGACGCCAGAUAAGGGGUGGCCCUUACAAAACUCGAUGUCUAAAAUAUACGGCGUAAUUGAUGCGCGAGCCAGUCUCGCCGUGCUCGCCGGGCGGGUGAAACCAUGUCUUGCAACAUGCUCUCGCAGAUUUUAUCUGUCGGCGAUUUGAAUAAGCACGGCGCGUACUCCUCCUCCGUCGCGCAACUGUUUACCUUCCGCAAACCACCGCCGCGCUCCGCCGUCAUUUGUCUUACUCCCGGCGUUUAUCCGCACGGAAGAAGGAUUAUAAUAUCUUCCGGUAAAGUCCCGGCGUUUCCCGCGAUAUCUCGAAGUCUUCCGAAAUCUCCUCCCCUCCCGGCGCGCGCGUAAUUUGCGAGGUGUUAAUAGGAAUAGAUCGGAUCAAUGCCACGGGUUCAUCAUAUUUGUAUAAUAUUUGUACUCCUGGGACAAUAUUUAUGUACAGUAUCCUGCGCGUUAACAUGUUCUUAAAGGUGAAUUCCUUUUACAUGCUUUGCUUCACCCUAUUAUCUCGUGAAAAUGCAGCCAUCGUAUACGUAGGACGCAUACAGUAAAGAUGAGUACAGAGAAAUGCAAAAGUCACAUUCGUGUGCAUUUCUCGCCGUGUUUUAGCCAUGAGAGAAUGAUUUACUGAUACUAUUAUCGCGCAUCCGUUAGUAUGGAUAAGAUGGUUCAAAUGUAUCGCAUGUAUUAUAUAGCGUAAUUCAACUGUUUAUACGAAAACAUCAACGUCUAUUUUCCUUUUUUUUUUUUUUUAACAUUUUAAGAGUCAAGAUUAAUUUUUAGCAUUUUCUUAUUGUAAUUAAUUAAUUUAUUAUUAAAAAUAUAAUUUCAUUAUUCGAGUAAAAUAUUGCAUUUUGUAGAUUGUUCAUUGUACAUUGUAUACAGCAUCUUACUGCGGCCAUAUUGAAACAGUAAUGCACGUAAAGAUAGUAUACAAUAUAAUAUUAUAGAGAUACUUGAGAGCGAGUUUUUUUUUUAAUGAACAAAACUUUAAUAUUUUUGAUUAACCGUUUGAAUGCAGUUCGAAAGCAGUUGCAAAAAUACAAGAAGUGUUGCAUUGUUGAAGUAUUGCCAAGCAGCCGCAAUACGCUUCUUUUAUUUAUACUGAAAGAUGUUAGCAAGUGCUAUUGUGUUUCAUUUUUUAUUCAUUCAUUAUUCAUAUAUAAUGUUAGAAACUGAUUUUUAUGAAAACAGUUUGUACAAUUUAGUUGUAAUAAUUUUAUUUUACAUUUUUUAUAAAAAUUAACUAAUUUCUUGAGAAUUAAUGAGCCUAUUGAAAUAACCGCUAAUACUUUUUAAAACAGAAGAAGCGGAAAGUAUUAAAUAUUAACGAGUAUUAUGUAAUUUUAAAGUUAAAUAUUUUAUAGGAUAUUUAAUGCGAGCGUGUAAAAUGAUAUAUAUUGUCAUUGCAAAAGAUUCAACAUUAUUAAGGAAGAAAUUAUUUUAUCAGAUUUUAUCAAAUUAUAAAGUGCUUUUAAACGUUAUUAAAAAAAUGUAAAUACAUUAUUCUUUUAAAAAUUCUAUCGUCGUACUUUUAUUGCUAAAUACGUUAGGAAUGCAUUUCGACUGUUUUGCCCGAAAAGGAUAUGCAGUUUCGGAUUAUCGCGUCGAGACGAGUUUCUCUUGUGCAGAGCAAGUAAAUGAAAAUACAAUUUGCAUGUUUUCGUCUGUGUGUUACCGUCCUCUGGAAAACGGAGGACGGAGCGCGUAGCUGUAAACUCGCAGUCACGUAUGGCACAUAACUUUUUUCUAGAACGAUGAAAGAUAUUAUCGGUGUGCGAAGUACUUUCCUUUUCAAUUUUUAACGCGGAUACGAAUGCGCAUAUUUUACGCGAAUUUUCGUCGCACUCGGACCUGCUGAAAUUAAAGCAUGCUGAACGCGAUGGCGAUGCAACAGGGCACACGGUAGCACGCGAUGCGCGUUGUUAUUUUAUGUAUACGGAUAACAUCCCAGGCCGUAAUAAAUUUCGUCCUGAGAGCCACAAAUCUUGAGGAACACACACACGCUCUUGUUGCCUUCCUUUCCGCUAGUCCGUCGAGUACACGAAGCUUUGUAACGCGAUGGCCUUUGUCUUAUCAAUAAUAAUACGCCCGAAGUCAGACAGGUGCAAACGUUUGUUUUUU